AUGUCUUUAAUCACAAAGGUGGCGGCGGCGAUGGAGAAGAUCGCCCCGCUCGCGCUCGCGGACAGCUCUUGGGAUAAUGUUGGCAUCCUCGUCGAGUCCCCCCAGUCCAACCACACCUAUGUCGUCAUGCUGACCAUCGACCUCACCCCGCAGGUGCUGGAGGAGUGUGUGGGGAAGAAAGUGGAGGUCAUCCUCGCCUAUCACCCGCCCAUUUUCAAACCGAUGCGGCGUCUUCUUCUGCGGGAUGCGAAAACCAACAUCAUCCUCCGCGCCGUCCGCGAGGGGAUGUCCAUUUAUUCCCCCCACACCGCCUUGGAUGCCGUCCAAGGCGGGAUUAACGACUGGCUGCUGAGCUCCUCCGUCGGCGAGGUGGCGAACCGGGCGCCGAUCGUGGCGAAGGCGGCGGACGGGUCGGGAAGUGCGGAAACGGGCUAUGGCCGAGUCUCGACCCUCGCGGCCCCCAUUUUGCUUCACAAAAUCGUCGAGAACGUGAAGAAAAAGUUGGAAAUCUCGACGGUGCGGGUGGCAUUGCCGGCGUCCUGGACGUUGACGCACCCGAUUCAAUCCAUCGCGGUCUGCGCGGGGAGCGGAAGUUCAGUAUUCGCGGGGCUAACACGCCCGGUGGAUCUGCUUUUGACCGGGGAAAUGGGCCAUCACGAGGUCCUCGCUGCGAAUGCGAUGAACCGGGCGGUGAUUCUGUGCGAGCACACCAAUACCGAGCGAGGCUACUUGAAGAAGGUUCUUCUCCCGAGAUUGCGGGCGGAGCUGGGGGGCGAAAUAACCUUCCAUGUUUCCGAGGAGGAUCGAGACCCCUUGGUGACCUGGUAG